AUGUCGGACCAAGUCCCUGUUGUUCCUGCGGAUGGGGCUGUUGCAGCGGAUGUUGACCCUCCAGUUGUCGCGUCUCCGGCUCCAGCCGACGCUGCCGGUGACAACAACGCACAGAACGCUAACGACAGCGUGGUUCCUGCGCCCCAACCUGCGGCUCCGGAGGUUAGUGUUUUCUCUUGUCCGUGUAUUCGUUUUCCUUCGCGCGUUUUUCGGGCUAGGCGUUGUUGGUCUUUUAGCUUGGUUCUCGCUUCUGUGUUAUUAGUUUUAGUUUUCGCGUUUGUACUAGUUUAGUUUUCGCAUCUGUGUACAAGUUUACAGUUUUCCGUCUGUGUGACAAGUUUAGUUUUUGCGUCUGUGUUACCAAUUUAGUUUUCGCAUCUUUGUUUCAACUUAGUUUUCCGUCGGUGUGACAACUUAAGUUUCUGUGUGGCAAGUCUGUGUGACAUAUUUAAUUUUCGCGUCUGUGUGACAAAUUUUGUUUUCCGUCUGUGUGACAAGUCUGUGUGACAAAUUUAGUUUUCGCGUCUAUGUGACAAAUAAUUUAGCUUUUGCGUCUGUGUGACAACUUGAGUUUCCGUCUGUGUGACAAAUUUAGUUUUCACGUCUGUGUGACAACUUAAGUUUUCCCGUCUGUGUGACAAGUCUGUUUGACAUAUUCAGUUUUCGCGUCUGUGACAAGUUUAGUUUUCCGUCCGUGUUACAAGUUUGGGUUUCGCGUCUGUGUGACAGCCUUAGUUUUCGCGUCUGUGUGACAACUUUAGUUUUCCGUCUGGGUGACAAGUUUAGUUUUCGCGUCUGUGUGACCAAUUUAGUUCCCGCGUCUGUGUCAACUUUGGUUUCCCGUCCGUGCGACAAGUCUGUGUGACAAGUUUAGUUUUUCCCGUCUGUGUCACAAAUUUAGUUUUACCGUCAGUGUGACAAGUUUAGUUUUUGCGUCUGUGUACAAAUUUUGUUCUCUCCUGUGUGUUACAAACUUAGUUUCUCGUCUGUGUUUCAUAUUGAGUUUUGUCGUCUGUGUGACGAAUUUAGUUUUCUUGUCUGUGUGACAAAUUAAGUUUUCUCGUCUGUGUGACAAGAUUCGCUUUCUCGUUCGGGUUACAAGUUUAGUUUUCGCGCCUGUGUGACGAAUUUAGUUUUCUCGUCUGUGUGUCAGGGUUGGCUUUCGCGUCGGUGUGUCGUCAUUUGGUUUUCGCUUCUGCGUGGCAAGCUUGUUUUUCGCGUUUGUGCGACGAGUUUAGUUUUUUGCGUCCCUGUUAUAAGUUUAGUUUUUUCGCAUCUGUGUGACGGCCUUGGUUUUUGCGUCUCCGUUUUAAGUUUAAUCUUCGAGUUUCCGUUACGAGUUUAGUUUUUGCGUCUGUGUGACAAGUUUGGUCUUCGCGUCUAUGUGACAAGAUGUUUCACCUGCGUGUGGAGUUUUCACUAUUUUCUCAUUUUUUCUCUAUCCCUUCGUAGGGUUAUGAGAACCUUCGCCAAAUAGUAGAGUCUUUGCAAUCGGCCCUUAACGUUUCCAAAGUAAAUCAGUCCUUGGAAUCAGUUAGGCUCCUCGCCUCUCGUACUGCCGCGCUGCUCGAUCCUUUCACCCUCCUUGCGGCCUUGGAGCAACUGUCAGACCACGCUAGGGAGGCGAAACACACUCAACGCAAGAAGUUUGAUGCUAUUUUUAAACAGUGUCGCCCCCUUGCAAACUCCAACUCAUUUGCUAAAGUGGUACUGCAAAUCCUCGGGGAUAAGGAGGAAAAAGAUGUGGCUUCCCAGAUCCGAAAGAUUUUUAAAGGUCACUCCUCUCCUAGAAGUUCAGGUCCAGGACAGGCCUUUGAUUUUUAG